AUGCGCAUGCGCAAGUGUGGUGGGCGCGGGAUCACCGGACCACACCACCAGGGGAUGUCUGCCUAUUCGGCCGUGCGUGUUGGAAAGCUAAGACUCAAGGGCCCGGCCUCGGGGGCCCUAAAGGGAAAGAAAAGGCGAAAAAGAAAGAGAGAGAGUCAAGAAGAAGUGAACGAAGAAGACCUGCGCCAUGGAGGUUGGCGAAGAGUCUACGCAGAGGAGACGGCUAGAGGAAGGGUGUUACUGCUGACUUGCACGGGGGGCUACGUGCAAGCGCUAGACACUGGUGAAUUCCGUGUGGGAGAACCCAGGGAAGACGGAGAGGGACCCCACGCUGGGGAGGUGUUUAGCCUGGUCAGAGUUGGGGAGACCGAUAGAGUGGCAAUCAAGACGGCCUAUGGACGAUAUGUCAGUGUUGCUAUAUCUGGGGACCUGGCAGGUCGCACAGAAGCCAUGGGGCCCAGAGAGCAGUGGGAACUUGUGUUUGAGGAGGGUAAAGUUGCUCUGUGUGCCUGCAAUCAUCGUUUCCUGACAGUUACUGACGAUGGGCGACUCGUGGCAGCCAGUGAAAAGGCCCAGGAAAGAGAAGUGAUGACAAUGUGGAGUGACCUUCCAGCAGCAGCAAAGAAGAAGGAAACUGGAACAGAGGAGUCAGAGUUGGCAGAGAGAAAUGUGGCUUCAGUCGAGUACAGCUAUGUGAAGAAGUUUCAGAGUUGGGAAGACAGACGUGUCCGUGUGUGUGGGGAGAGCAAGGAAGGCCUUGAGGCUGCUCGGCAACAAGGAAGACUUCACGAAGCAUUGCUAGACCGCAGAGAACGAAUGAAGGCAGACAGAUAUUGCAAAUAGUCACUCUGUGUUUUGUGUUGGUAAAAUGAGUUUUAAAAAUGGCCUGCUGAUUAAUAAGUGUUUCUAUGGUGACAAGAGGUUCUGGUGGGUGGUCUCCAGGAGGGAAUGCAGGCUUACAUUCUGUGCCAUUAGACGACUGUGGACAUCUGACAACUGACUGUUCUCUGACGUGAUGCUCACAACCCCUGCAAGCACACAGCUGACUUCCUGGUUGUCAGUUAAGAACCUGGCAUAGAUGAAAAACAAACAGUCGACGUCGUCAUCCUCUGAGCCGCCUAACACAUCCAAAUCUCUGUUCUGCCUCCUACAGCAAAACAGUCUCCACAUGAAGGACCACUAUAACUCCUGAGACAAACAACCUGAUUGCUCUAAGCAGCUGCA